AUAAGACAUAUGGAAUACUCUUAUAAUAUAACCUCUGCGCAACUCUGCUAUUUUUCUCGAGUCUGUUGACAAACGAUCGUGCUUUUUUUGACAUAUUUUGUCGGAAAGGAUUCUUUGAUUGCUACAGUUGUUUCUGGUUAUAUAAUUAUAAAAAUGACAUCGGUUUUGGAAUCAAUGGUGGUCGAUGAAAAACAACUUCCUGAAAAACCAGUGGAUAGAGAAAAAACAUGUCCACUUUUAUUACGAGUAUUCUGCAAUAAUGGACGUCAUCAUAAUAUAAUGGAAUAUAGCAGAGGAAAUGUCCCUUCAAACGAAUUGCAGAUAUAUACAUGGAUGGAUGCUACUUUGCGAGAAAUUACAGGCUUAGUUAAAGAAGUAAACCCAGAUGCUCGCAGUAAGGGAACAUACUUUGAUUUUUCAUUAGUGACUCCUGAACUUCGCAAUUCUGGCUACCGUAUGCGUGAGAUUGGUGUUACAUGUUCUGGACAGAAAGGUGCAGAUGACAACAAAACACUUGCACAAGCAAGAUUCACAAUAGGAGAUUAUUUGGAUAUAUCAAUAACACCACCAAAUAGAAUGAUGCAACCAGCAAUAAGACGUGGUGGUUUGCGUCAGUACUAAUUAAUAUGAUAACCGCAAAGUGUUAAAAUUACAAUAAAAAGAUAAAUUUAUUAUAAGUGAUAAAUUGUAUGACU